AUGGAAAAUUCUGAUCUUGAAAGGUUCCAAGAAGAUAUCCAUGAAAUUGAAAAUGGGCUUUAUUUAGGAAGCCAAAUUGCUGCAGAAAAUUUAGAGCUUCUCCAAAGUUUAGGAAUUAAAAAUAUUGUCCAAGUACUAGAAUACCAAUCAGAUAUAACAUUUCCUGGAAUUACUUACCAUUUUGUACAGAUAAAUGAUUUAGAAAGUGAAAACAUGAUACCCCUUCUGCCAGAAGCGCUUAAAUUUAUAAGCAGCAGUCUCCUGUCAGGCCAAAAAGUCCUUGUUCAUUGUGCAGCUGGCAUAUGGAUUAAUACAGCGGCGGAGAUGGCUGCCCGAUUUAUUGACGCAAUUCACCAGCACCUGCAGGAGGAACCAAAUAAAAAAACAGAUACGGCGUUGUUAAUGAAUCUGGUUAGAGGUUUUUCUCGCUCCACAGAGUUAAUACCUAGGACAUGUGAAUUUCCUCCUGACUUGGAAGUACAGUCUGCUAUUGUCUCCGAGAUUUAGGUCCCAUACCUAGGGAUCCUAAAGACAGCAGAUGCUCAGCGUGAAAUUGGGAGUCACACCCUAGGUUUCAGGCCCAUAGAAGCCUAGAAAAGGCAGCCGUUGUCAGCCUGCAGCUCCUAAAGAGUUGAUGAGCUUGAGAGGUGGAAAUCCUCUGCAGAUUUUUAGCAUCGCAGCAAUUAAUUUAAUUAAUUUUGCAGCAGGCCGAUCCAGAAGUGCCACAAUAGUAAUUGCUUAUAUAAUGGCAAAACACAGGCUCAAUUUUGAGCAAGCACACAAUUUAGUCCAAAGUAGAAGAUUAUGCAUUUAUCCGAAUUUUGGAUAUACAUAAAAAUGGUGACGACAGACCACCCGACCUCUCGACCCUAUUUCUUCAACACCAGCAGGCAACGACCCAGUGUCGAAGAUUUAGGUGGAAAGGGGUCGGUAAUCCUUUAUGUAUAGUCGGGCUGGGUUUUCCUCGGGCCCAGGAGCUAAUCCCUGGACUUAGAGUUUUUCCUCCGGUACAACCAUUGGAAAGGGCAAGGUCGGCCAAUGUCUGAUGGGCAAUAUGACCCUCACACCCUGAAGACGGUAUUUGCCUAACGAGAAACUGGGAGUUUCGGCCCAGGUGGUUGGCCCUUAGACUCCAGGAGCCAUGGAAGUCAAGACUGGUGCGCGAAGCCUCGUCUGCGGCGACGGAGAAGGGUGUCCGCCGGGAUCCUUCAGGGAUGAUGAGCGUGUAGUAGGGGUGCAAAUCCCCGGCCUUGCGAAAGCGAAUGGCAUAAUCUAAUCUAAUCCGAAUUUUGGAUUUCGAAGACAGCUUAAACAAGUAGGCUCAGACUUAUUAAGCACAUAUUUAAUAAUUAAUUAA